CGCGAAGAGAAGUUUUGAUUUUGAAGCUGUUUGUUCACGUAAUCGUCGUGUUUUCAAGUUCCUGCUGAAGAAAAACGAGGAGAAGAAGAAUCUAAAUGCCUGAUAAAGUUGAUGAAAUAAAUUGUAUUCUAUGCCGUUCCGGACGUCAAAUUACAAGUACAUUGGAACGAGCCAGAAAGAGAAAGAUAGAAUGGCCUGCUCCGAAAGAAUCAUACGGACAUUUCGAAAAUGACAUUGCAAUCCAUACCUCAAUUGAUGAUGCAUUUGGCAGUAUCUUGCAGUACAUGUCUGCUACAAGUCGACAAUGUCGGAGGUACUACAAGUGCUCAUCAAAUUGCAACAAGUAUGACAAAGAACACGUAAAUCGAUUUCAUCAUUCUAAAUAUACGUCAGUCAGUUAUGGAAAUCCGCUUCAAAAAUCUGAGGAUGUACAUGUUGAACUUACUCCUGGAACAUAUGCUGUUACUGCUGGUCAGUGGGGUGCCCCUCGUCACCAUACUCAAGUUGUAAGACUUGACCCUGGACAAACUGUCAAUAUGACAUUUACAUGUAUUUAAUAAUGACAGACACAAUAAACUCUCUGAAUUUUUUGAUUCCUGGAUUGUAAGCUCUGGUGAAACUCAUUUAAAGCGAUUUCCUUACGUAGUUAUGCUUCGUAAUAAACAGCCAUCGUGUAAAUUUUUAUUUUUUUUCAUUGCAACAAAUAUAUGUAAAAUUUUAUGUCAACCUGAA